AAACCCAAAAGCUGAAAGGGCCGCCCGUUUCCCUGUUUGCGCUGCCUCCCUCCCUCUCCCUCCCCCUCCCUCUCUCAGUUUUCUCUCACUAUUUUCCGGGAAAAUCACUUUCUCGCUUACUUUCUGGGAAAAUCGACACCAGGACGUAGCAGGGCAUAGAAAACACCGGCGAAUUUGUUGACCUUUUCUCCCCCUUCCCUCUUCCAGUCUUUCUCCUCCCCAGUCUCGAAACGGUGUCGUCUUCAGAUCUUAGAGGAAAACCUCAGUCUCUCUUUUACUCUGGAUCUAAAUCCUGUGUUAGUCUCCUAAUCAAACUCUCGAAUACGGGAUUAAGAUUCCUGAAACGACUCAGAUUCUAAGCACAUAUUUGACUAAGUCAUUAUAUAUAUAUAUAUAUAUAUAUAUAUAUAUAUAUAUAUUUCUGUAUAAUCAUUGUUACAUACUCGCUCAAAUAAUCGGAAUCCAAUCCGAUUCUAUUUCUGAAUAAUGUUGGCGAGCACUGGCGGUUCCGUCGUUCAGCUCCGAACCAAACCGUCGCUCCUGCCGUCCUGCUCUCCUUCCCGGAAAUCAUGCAAGGCUCUGGCCAAGAAGUUCUUCGGGACCAGAUUGAGGGCGUCCGGAUCCGAGAGGCUCCAUUUGUGGCGCUCCGACGGUCCCGGUCGCUCGCCGAAGCUCCGAGUCGUCGUGCGCAACAUGCUCUCCGCCGUUCCAGAGAAGCCCCUCGGGCUAUACGACCCGUCGUUCGAUAAGGACUCGUGUGGUGUCGGCUUCGUCGCCGAAUUGUCCGGCGAAGGCAGCCGCAAAACGAUUACGGAUGCAAUUGAAAUGCUGGUGCGGAUGACGCACAGAGGAGCGUGUGGGUGUGAAACGAAUACCGGUGAUGGAGCUGGGAUUCUCGUCGGUGUUCCGCACGACUUCUACAAGGAGGUAACCAAAGAUGCCGGGUUUGAUAUUCCACCGGCAGGGGAGUACGCUGUUGGAAUGUUCUUCUUGCCCACAUCUGAGAGCCGAAGAGAAGAAAGCAAAAGAGUAUUUGCAAAGGUUGCAGAGUCCCUUGGACACACUGUUCUGGGGUGGCGAUCUGUUCCAACAGAUAACUCAGACUUGGGGAAUUCUGCUUUGCAGACUGAACCUGUUAUUGAGCAAGUGUUCCUUACUGCGACCCCAAAGUCAAAAGUUGAUUUCGAACGACAGAUGUACAUACUAAGAAGGCUGUCAAUGGUUGCUAUCCGAGCUGCAUUAAACCUUGAACACGGUGGUGCUAAGGACUUUUAUAUAUGUUCGCUGUCCUCAAGGACUGUUGUUUACAAAGGUCAGCUGAAGCCCGUUCAGCUGAAGGGUUAUUAUUAUGCAGAUCUUGGCAAUGAAAGGUUUACGAGCUACAUGGCCCUGGUACACUCUCGAUUCUCAACAAAUACCUUUCCCAGCUGGGAUCGUGCUCAGCCUAUGCGUGUCAUUGGCCACAAUGGUGAAAUCAACACCCUCAGAGGAAAUGUUAACUGGAUGAAGGCACGCGAGGGACUGCUGAAGUGUAAGGAACUUGGUCUAUCAGAAAAUGAUUUAAAAAAACUUUUACCCAUUGUGGACGCCAGUUCUUCAGAUUCAGGAGCUUUUGAUGCUGUCCUUGAACUUCUGGUUCAAGCUGGAAGAAGCCUCCCCGAAGCUAUCAUGAUGAUGAUUCCUGAAGCAUGGCAAAAUGACAAGAACAUGGACCCGGAUAGGAAAGCCCUGUAUGAGUAUUUCUCAUCUCUCAUGGAGCCAUGGGAUGGGCCAGCUCUCAUAUCAUUUACUGAUGGCCGCUAUUUGGGAGCUACACUGGAUCGUAAUGGACUCAGACCUGGUCGAUUUUACGUCACUCACAGCGGACGGGUUAUUAUGGCCAGUGAAGUUGGCGUCGUAGACAUUCCACCGGAAGAUGUCAGCAGGAAAGGAAGACUUAACCCUGGAAUGAUGCUUUUGGUGGACUUUGAGAACCACGUUGUGGUGGAUGAUGAAGCGUUGAAGCAGCAAUAUUCUUUGGCAAGGCCGUAUGCGGAGUGGCUUCAAAGGCAAAAGAUUGAGCUCAAGGACAUUGUAGAUUCUGUUCAUGAAUCUGACAGGGUCCCUCCGUCCAUAGCUGGAGUUAUUCCUGCAUCUACUAAUGAUGAAACCAUGGAAAACAUGGGAAUCCAUGGUUUAUUGGCACCGCUGAAAGCUUUUGGUUAUACAGUUGAAUCCUUGGAAAUGUUGUUGCUUCCCAUGGCAAAAGAUGGCGUAGAGGCUCUUGGGUCGAUGGGAAAUGAUACCCCAUUGGCUGUUAUGUCUAAGAGAGAAAAGCUUACCUUUGAGUAUUUCAAGCAAAUGUUUGCUCAAGUAACAAACCCUCCAAUUGACCCCAUUCGAGAGAAGGUGGUCACUUCUAUGGAAUGCAUGAUUGGUCCAGAGGGUGCUUUGACAGAAACCACCGAAGAACAAUGUCAUCGUCUCUCACUCAAAGGUCCUCUUUUAACCAUUGAUGAAAUGGAAGCAAUCAAGAAAAUGAACUAUAGAGGUUGGCGCUGUAAAGUUCUUGAUAUAACUUAUUCCAAGGGACGUGGUAGGGAAGGAUUGGAGGAAACCUUGGAUAGGAUUUGUUCUGACGCACAUGAAGCAAUAAAGAAGGGAUACACCACUCUUGUUCUUUCAGACAGAGCCUUCUCCCCAAAGCGCGUUGCAGUAAGCUCCCUCUUGGCUGUUGGCGCUGUUCAUCAACAUCUAGUUAAAAACCUUGAACGCACACAAGUGGGGUUGAUAAUUGAAUCUGCUGAGCCACGUGAAGUUCACCAUUUCUGUACACUGGUUGGUUUUGGUGCAGAUGCUAUCUGCCCUUACUUGGCUAUAGAGGCCAUUUGGAGGCUGCAGGUGGACGGAAAGAUUCCACCAAUAGCUAAUGGUGCAAUAUACUCCAAAGAUGAAUUGGUUAAAAAGUACUUCAAAGCAAGCACAUAUGGAAUGAUGAAGGUUCUUGCCAAGAUGGGGAUUUCUACUUUGGCCUCUUACAAGGGUGCACAGAUUUUUGAAGCUUUGGGUCUUUCAUCUGAAGUAAUGAGGUGCUUUGCAGGAACCCCUAGUAGAGUUGAGGGUGCAACAUUCGAGAUGCUAGCUCACGACGAACUUCAUAUGCACGAAUUGGCAUUUCCCUCUCGAAGCUAUCCUCCAGGAAGUGCAGAAGCUGUAGCACUACCAAAUCCUGGGGAUUACCAUUGGAGAAAAGGUGGUGAGGUACACCUAAACGAUCCUGUUGCUAUAGCAAAACUUCAAGAGGCUGCCAGAACUAACAGUGUUGCUGCAUAUAAAGAAUACUCCAAGCUUAUUCAUGAAUUAAAUAAAGCCUGCAAUCUCCGCGGUCUUUUGAGAUUUAAAAACACAGAGCAGCAGAUUCACUUGGAUGAAGUGGAACCUGCUAGCGAGAUUGUUAAACGGUUCUGUACUGGUGCUAUGAGUUAUGGAUCAAUAUCAUUGGAAGCGCAUAGUACACUGGCCAUUGCUAUGAACAGAAUUGGAGGAAAGUCAAAUACAGGUGAGGGAGGUGAGCAGCCAUCUCGUAUGGAGCCUCUUCCAGAUGGUUCAAGGAAUCCAAAGAGGAGUGCAAUUAAGCAGGUUGCCAGUGGGAGAUUUGGAGUUUCAAGUUACUAUCUGACGAAUGCUGAUGAACUCCAGAUAAAAAUGGCUCAGGGUGCCAAGCCUGGUGAAGGAGGUGAGCUUCCUGGACACAAGGUUAUUGGAGACAUUGCUGUCACCAGGAAUUCUACUGCUGGUGUGGGUCUUAUCAGUCCACCUCCCCAUCAUGAUAUCUACUCGAUUGAAGACCUUGCCCAAUUAAUUCAUGAUCUUAAGAAUGCUAACCCAGCAGCUCGAAUUAGUGUCAAGUUGGUAUCGGAAGCAGGUGUGGGAGUAGUUGCUAGUGGAGUUGUGAAGGGGCAUGCUGAUCAUGUUUUGAUCUCUGGACACGAUGGAGGCACAGGGGCCUCUAGAUGGACAGGAAUUAAGAAUGCAGGGCUUCCAUGGGAACUUGGUUUGGCUGAGACUCAUCAAACCUUGGUUUCUAAUGAUCUUCGUGGCCGCACUACUCUCCAGACUGAUGGCCAACUAAAAACUGGAAGAGAUGUUGCCAUAGCUACACUUCUUGGUGCGGAAGAGUUUGGCUUCAGCACUGCACCUCUCAUAACCCUUGGCUGCAUUAUGAUGCGGAAGUGCCACAAGAACACAUGUCCUGUUGGUAUCGCAACUCAAGAUCCAGUACUUCGUGAGAAGUUUGCUGGAGAACCUGAACAUGUUAUUAAUUUUUUCUUUAUGAUUGCUGAGGAACUCAGAGAGAUAAUGGCGCAGCUUGGUUUCCGUACCAUAAAUGAGAUGGUUGGUCGUUCAGAUAUGCUUGAAGUUGAUAGAGAAGUGACUAAAAACAAUGAGAAGCUUGACAAUAUUGAUCUAUCUUUGUUACUUCGACCUGCCGCAGACCUUCGGCCUGGAGCUGCACAAUAUUGUGUUGAGAAACAAGACCAUGGCUUGGAUAUGGCUCUUGAUCACAAGCUAAUUUCUAUGUCUAAAGCUGCUUUGGAAAAAGCUCUUCCUGUAUAUUUUGAGACACCAAUUUGCAAUGUGAACCGUGCCGUUGGUACAAUGCUUAGCCACGAGGUGACAAAACGUUACAACAGGGCUGGGCUUCCUGCUGACACCAUUCAUAUCAAAUUUAGUGGAAGUGGAGGACAGAGUCUUGGAGCAUUUUUGUGCUCUGGAAUCAUGCUUGAGCUUGAGGGUGACAGUAAUGAUUAUGUUGGUAAAGGUUUGUCUGGUGGAAAGAUUGUAGUUUAUCCUCCCAAGGGAAGCAGGUUUGACCCAAAAGAAAAUAUUGUCAUCGGUAAUGUAGCUUUAUAUGGUGCCACUAGUGGUGAGGCAUACUUCAAUGGAAUGGCAGCAGAGAGAUUUUGUGUUCGCAAUUCGGGGGCUAAGGCAGUUGUCGAGGGUGUUGGUGAUCAUGGCUGUGAAUACAUGACAGGUGGCACUGUUGUUGUGCUCGGGAAAACUGGCAGGAACUUUGCUGCUGGUAUGAGUGGUGGUAUUGCCUAUGUUUAUGACGUGGAUGGACAAUUUCGGUCUCGAUGUAAUCCUGAGCUUGUAGAUCUUGAUACACUUGAAGAAGAAGAUAUUCUGACUCUUCAAAUGAUGAUACAACAACAUCAACGUCACACAAACAGCCUGCUGGCCGUUCAAGUACUGGCUGAUUUUGAAAAUCUUCUGCCUAAGUUUAUCAAGGUUAUCCCAAGAGAGUACAAGCGAGUUCUUGCAGAUAUGAAAGAGGAAACCAAACAGGUUAUAGAGCACAAGGAGGAAGAUGAGCCAGAGCUUGAAGAGAAAGAUGCCUUUCAAGAACUUAAGAAGUUGGCGGCUGCAUCUUUAAAUGGGAAAUCCAAUCAGAAGGUAGAAGAUGCUGAAGCAUUGAAAAGGCCUUCUCAGGUCACUGAUGCUGUUAAACAUCGUGGUUUUAUUUAUUAUGAGCGCGAGGGCGUUCAAUAUAGGGAUCCCAAUGUUCGGAUGAAUGACUGGAAGGAAGUUAUGGAGGAAACUAAACCUGGACCACUUGUGAAGACUCAGUCAGCCCGUUGCAUGGACUGCGGGACUCCUUUCUGCCAUCAGGAGAACUCUGGAUGCCCUCUUGGUAACAAAAUACCAGAGUUCAAUGAGUUGGUGUACCAGAAUAGGUGGCAUGAAGCAUUAGAGAGACUUCUCGAGACAAAUAACUUCCCUGAGUUUACUGGUCGUGUUUGUCCAGCACCAUGUGAAGGUUCUUGUGUUCUGGGUAUUAUUGAGAAUCCUGUAUCUAUCAAAAGCAUAGAAUGUGCCAUCAUAGACAAGGCUUUUGAGGAAGGUUGGAUGGUGCCACGACCUCCCGUAAAGAGAACUGGGAAAAGGGUUGCCAUUGUAGGAAGCGGGCCAGCUGGUCUAGCUGCUGCUGAUCAGCUAAACAGAAUAGGCCACACAGUGACUGUGUAUGAGCGUGCUGAUAGAAUUGGAGGGCUUAUGAUGUAUGGAGUGCCUAAUAUGAAGACUGAUAAAAAGGAGAUAGUUCAACGGCGGGUUAACCUUAUGGCUGAGGAAGGUGUCAACUUUGUGGUUAAUGCUAAUAUUGGAAACGAUCCUUUGUACUCGCUUGAUCGCCUUCGAGAGGAGAACAAUGCCAUUGUUUUAGCAGUAGGAGCAACAAAACCAAGGGACCUUCCCGUACCAGGGCGAGAGCUGUCAGGAGUACAUUUUGCUAUGGAAUUUCUUCAUGCAAACACCAAAAGCUUACUAGAUAGCAAUCUUGAGGAUGGUAACUACAUCUCUGCCAAGGGCAAGAAAGUUGUGGUAAUUGGUGGAGGUGACACUGGCACUGAUUGCAUUGGAACAUCCGUUCGCCAUGGCUGCACUAACAUCAUAAAUUUGGAGCUUCUUCCUGAGCCACCACGAAAAAGGGCUCCAGGAAACCCUUGGCCACAGUGGCCUCGUGUAUUCCGUGUGGAUUAUGGGCACCAAGAAGUUGCAGCUAAGUUCGGCAAAGAUCCAAGAACUUAUGAAGUGCUGACAAAGAGAUUUGUGGGAGAUGAGAAUGGGGCCUUGAAAGGACUCGAGGUGGUCCGUGUCAAAUGGGAGAAGGAUGAAACCGGGCGGUUCCAAUUCAACGAAAUCGAGGGAUCUGAGGAGAUCCUCGAGGCUGACCUCGUCCUUCUCGCAAUGGGGUUCCUUGGACCAGAGGCGACGGUAGCAGAGAAGUUGGGUUUGGAACGUGACCAACGCUCAAACUACAAGGCGGACUAUGGUCGGUUCUCAACCAAUGUGGAUGGGGUAUUUGCCGCUGGGGAUUGCCGGCGCGGUCAGUCCCUUGUGGUGUGGGCAAUCUCAGAGGGAAGGCAAGUCGCUGCACAGGUUGACAAGUACCUCUCGAAGGAAGAAGAAGACCACGCCAUCAGCAAUGGGAGCCAUCAAAAUGUUGGCAAGAGGCACCGAGACCUUAACCCAACAGGCACCAGCAAACACACAGUGAUGACAUAGAUGGCUCGACGAUGAUCGAAGAUUAUUAUCAAAGAACCAUAACAGCAGCAGCAAAAAGCGCACAGAGAUUAGCACGUUUCGGUUUCGGAAGGAUUUUUCGAAAUCGAUUCGUGUCAUGGAUUCACCGGUGUGAUGGAGCUGCUGCCGGAAGGAGCAGCAGAAGCAGAAGCUGGUGGCUAUAAAAUCAAACUAGUUUGCAGCGGGAGCUGGGUAUAAGGGUCUUAGAAUAAAUUAUAAUUUGUUUAUAUUUUUUACCCGGGUGUUUUUGCGUGGUUAAUUAUUAAAGGAAUAAAUGUACAGUUUUGGUUCUUUACCAAUUAUUUAAAAAUAUUAUUAUAACGAAAAUUAUUAUGUUUAA